AUGGAGAAACGUAAAGGCAAAGAGAGGCCCAAAGGUUACCCCUGUGAUCAGUGUGAGGAAGUCCUCGCCACUUCAUCAACCUUGAAGAGACAUAAGAAGAUUCACACUGGAGAGAAGCCGUACGGAUGUGAUCAGUGUGGGGCAGCUUUUGGCAGAGCAGAUCAUUUAAGAACUCACCAACGUGUUCACACUGGAGAGAAGCCAUACAGAUGUGAUCAGUGUGGGGAAGCUUUUAUUAAAUCAGGUGCUUUAAGAUGUCACCAACGUAUUCACACUGGAGAGAAACCACACAGAUGUGAUCAGUGUGGGGCAGCGUUUACUGCAUUGGGUACUUUAAGAACUCACCAACGUGUUCACAGUGGAGAGAAGCCAUACAGAUGUGAUCAGUGUGGGGAAGCUUUUACUCAAUCAAGUAAUUUAAGAAGUCACCAACAUAUUCACACGGGAGAGAAGCCAUACGAUUGUGAUCAGUGUGGGGCAGCUUUUGCCAGAGCAGAUUAUUUAAGAACUCACCAACGUGUUCACAGUGGAGAGAAGCCGUACAGAUGUGAUCAGUGUGGGGAAGCUUUUACUCAAUCAAGUCAUUUAAGAAGUCACCAACAUAUUCACACGGGAGAGAAGCCAUACGGUUGUGAUCAGUGUGGGGCAGCUUUUGCCAGAGCAGAUCAUUUAAGAAGUCACCAACGUGUUCACACUGGAGAGAAGCCAUACAGAUGUGAUCAGUGUGGGGAAGCUUUUACUGAAUCUGGUACUUUAAGAAGACACCAACGUAUUCACACUGGAGAGAAGCCGUACAGAUGUGAUCAGUGUGAGGCAGCUUUUACCACAUCAGAUGUUUUAACAAAGCACCUUCGUGUUCACAGUGGAGAGAAGCCGUACAGAUGUGAUCAGUGUGGGGCAGCUUUUACUGCAUUGGGUACUUUAAGAAAUCACCAACGUAUUCACACUGGAGAGAAGCCGUACAGAUGUGAUCAGUGUGGGGCAGCUUUUACUGAAUCGGGUACUUUAAGAACUCACCAACGUGUUCACACUGGAGAGAAGCCGUACAGAUGUGAUCAGUGUGAGGCAGCUUUUACUGAAUCGAGUCAUUUAAGAAGGCACCAACGUCUCCACAGUGGAGAGAAGCCGUACAUAUGUGAUCAGUGUGGGGCAGCUUUUGCCAGGUCAGAUAGUUUAAGAAGUCACAAUUGUUUUUACAUUGGAUAAAUGUGUGUAUGAUGAGCAGGGCCGUUCCUGACCCAUUUGGCACCCUAGGCAAAAUAUUUGCUGGCGCCCCCACCCCGUUCCCGUCCUGUCCCGUCCCGUCCACUACC